AUGUUUCUGUCAGAACACCGGCUGGCUGAAAGAAGAUAUUUGCUGCUCUGGCUGCUCCCAUCUGUUCUCAAAGCCCAGCCUAGUGCAGAGGUGAGCCCAAAGCCUCUGCCAUGCCAGCAGAGCUCAGUUCAGGUCUCGUGCCAAGGUCUUGGCCUCCGCACAUUUCCAGAGAAGCUUGGCCAUGGGGUUAAGCAACUCGACCUCUCUGACAACUUCAUCCAAAACCUGACGGAAAGCUGCACAUCAAAGUUAGGGCAGCUAGAGCACCUCAAUAUGCAUUUCAACCAGUUGGCAACUGUGUCAGAAAUGGCCCUGACUCCUCUAACUCAUCUUCACUCUCUGCUCCUAGCUGCAAACCACCUUGAUCGGAAUUACUUCACCAACGGAAGAGCCUUCGGGUCACUGAAGAAUCUAAAGGUCCUGGACCUUUCUGCAAAUAAUUUGGACAGUGAUAUGGCAGCCUGGUACUUCAGCAAUCUCACCUCUUUAAAAAAACUGGAUCUGUCCUGGAACAAGAUGACCAGGCUGCCAGGGAGCAUGUUCCAGGGAACUCUAAAGCUGAGAGAGAUCAACCUUAACAACAACUACAUCACGGAAAUAGAGGAGGGAGCUUUUGAGGCUCUAUUAAAUCUAAAAGUGGUGAAUUUAGCUAUGAAUUCUCUUCACUGUAUCUCGGGCUUCAGCCUCACACAGCUGCAAGUUUUAAAUCUCAGCUACAAUGCCCUGGAAUUCUUUGUUACAGAGGAAAGAAAGGAACACUACCAGCUUCAGGUGCUAGAUCUGAGUCAUAACAAACUGAUCUACUUUCCAGAGCUUCCCAAGGUGCAUCGCCUCACACACUUAAACCUCUCUGAUAACGCCAUGGUCUCUUUGGCUCCAAGUUCCACCAGUACAGCAGAGUUCAGACUGCGGUAUGAUGAGAUGGCAAGACCUAACAUAUCCUUGAAUAUUUACAAUGCAGCAGCUAGACUGUCAAAGAUAACUGACUUAGAUCUCAGCAGUAACCUGUUGUAUUUGUUCCCAGUUACUUUCCUUCAUAAUCUGAGCUCCCUCCAGAAUCUCAAUAUGGCUAAGAACUGUCUCCAUAAUAUAGCUGUGGAGUCACCUCCUGGUGAUAUGGAAAGCAAGGAGCCAGGCGCGAUGCAUGACAAUGCCUUUCUGUCGGUGAGGUCACUGGAUCUUCAAGGCAAUUUCAUUCAUUCCUUGCCACAGUGGUUUUUUGCUAUUCUGCCCAAACUGGAAACACUUGACCUUGGUUCUAACAGCCUCCAGCCUUGUGAGAGCCAGAAUGCUAAUAAAAGAGAGAUCCCUAUAGGUCAUAACUCAGCUCACAGAGGUAACUGUACAUCCUUCUGUGACCUACCGCAGCUGAAGUAUCUGAGUUUACGUAGGAACAACAUUGUGAGGCUAUAUCCUUACAUAUUCAACCAAACCUCUUUAGUCUCCCUGGAUCUGUCUGAAAAUGAAGACUUGUUCAUGCCAAAAGGAGCUCUGGAGGGUCUGGAAUUCUCUUUGCAGAAGCUCUCUCUGAGAGGAAACCAGAUGGACAACAACAAGACAGAGUUCCCUUGUCUGAAGAUGCUGAAAAAGUUGGACAUGUCAGACAACAAGUUGAGUCUUUUGCCUCCUGAUCUUGUCUGCUCUCCAUUGGAAAACCUGGACAUUCGCAAUAACAAGCUCCAGGCCUUAGAGAAACCUGCCACCGUGAGAUGGUCCAGCAGCCUGAAUCAUCUGAAUGUUGCUGGCAAUCCCUUUAGCUGUUGUGCGCUGAGCUGGCUGGAAAUUCUACAAGCUGCCCAUGUGCAUGUGUUGGAUCUGAAUGAAACUCUGUGCUCUUAUCAGGACAAGAACAGGAACUUCUCAGCUAAGAUAGCCAACAAGACCACGUGGCUUUGUCCUCAUCAGAUAGGAAAUCGCUACCUGAUGGUAUUGCUGGUAGUGGUGAUCACUCUUUGCUUCCUGUUUCUCAGCUGUGGGAUAUGCUGUCGUCUGAAAAAGAGUCAGAAGCUCUCAAAGUAUCUGGGAUUCAGAAGCAACAGGGUGGACCCCAAUCCUUAUCGUCCAAAUAAGGAAAAGAGAACUGAACAGAUUGCAAUAGACAGAGUUACAGAAGUAUAGUACAGGACAGGAGAGGGAGAAUAAUAUUUAUUGUAUUUUAGGCACCUGCCCCUCACUGAUACAUUAAAGGUUUCACAAACAAGACAAUAAAACAUUCAAAAUCAAAUCAAUAUGCUGUGCUCCCUCUUGAUGCAAGCAGCCUAGACACAUGCUGUAGCCUCCAUGGGCCAUCUCUCCAUACUGCUUUUUUUGUGUGCAAGGGAUAACCGCUCAUUGUGGGAGACUUGGAAAUGUUUUGUUGUAUUUAGAAAGAAUUCCCUGAUGGGUUUCCUGCCCUGAAACAAGGCCGGUGCUCUUUGAAUGGAUCUCUCCCUCCUGCUUCUUCCAACGCUCACAGGUGAACCCAUCCUCUCCUGUUUGUGAGCAGAUCGUUACCUCCACAGCAACGGAAUUAUUGUUCUACAGAACUGUUGUUCAGCAUUGUCCAGGAGUUGUCACCCGGCCUUUCAAUAGGCAAACUAAAUACUUGUUACUUGUCAACUUAGUAAACAAGAAGCCCCCCACCCCUGCUUUCCCCCCUG